AUGGUGAAUGUCCCUAAAGCCCCCGGACUCUGCAAGAAGCAUGGCCAGUACCGACCCCACAAAGCGAGACAGUUCAAGGAGGGCAAGGAUUCUCUGCAUGCCCAGGGAAAGCGGCGCUAUGACGGGAAGCAGAGUGGCUAUGGUGGGCAGACUAAGCCGAUUUUCCAGAAAAAGGCUGGAACUGAAACGAAGAUUGUGCAAAGGCUCGAGUGCAUUGAGCCCAACUGCAGGUCCAAGAGAAGGCUGGCCAUGGAGCGACGCAAGCAUUUUGAGCUGGGAGGACACAAGAAGAGAAAGGGCCACGGGAUCCAGUUCUAA